AUGCCAUUACUGAGAUCUCGCGAUGUGCCAACGCCCGGCUACGAAAUGUGCAGGCAAACACCAGCAUCGAAGUUAAAGUCUUUUACACGGAGAACACGAGAUGCUACGAUAGUUGCGAAUAGCUCGCCAUCUCACACAGCGAAUAUAACCCCGCCAGAGAUUCUCCUCCAGAUCUACUCUCUUUUAACACCAAGAGACUUUGACAAUGCUCGGCGCACCUGUUCACAAUGGAUGAGGGUCAGUCUCAAUCGUAGUUUACUGAAGGGGAUGCUGAGAAGGGCAGGAUGGUGGGAUGCAUGGCAACAGGACUGUGUAAGGCAACGGGCCACGUCCUCAUUAAAUUAUGAGAGUGAAGUCUGGAGGAUGAGCAAACGUCUUGCGACCGAGUGUCUUUUGUCCGGGCGAAAGGCCAAUAUUGGGACAUCAGGCUUCAUGAAAACACAGCUUGUGAAUUUCUCCGGACUUACACCCGGUGAAUCAGAUGCAAAAAUUCGUGGCACUCGCUCUCGUGCGAAAAUAUCUACGGCAUCAAUUUUCAGUGUCAGCAGCUGCAGCAACUAUCUUCUUGUGGCGAGAGGCUGCGUGAUCUAUGUCUUCCAAUUGCUGGGCAAAACUUCCAAACCUGCGUUGAUGGAAAGCUUGGAUAAUUGUGAUCUAGUUCUGAUAUCUAGCAUUUCGUGUUCAUAUGAGGUUCUCUCAGUCACUAUGAAUACAAGUACACCCCACUUCGUCCUUGCGGCUUUACUUCGGAAUCGAGUCGGUAUGAUCUGUGAUCUGAACGUACCUAAUAACGUCUCAUCGAGCACUACUGGUUCAAUUUCAUCUUCCUCCAAUUCAACACGAUUGCAGAAAACUGGACUCUUCUCUCCACACUACUUUUAUAACAUCUGCUCAGAAGUCCACCCUCCACGAACAAUCGCUCUCUGUCCUGGACGUCGCACCGUAGCCUUCGGGUGCGCAGGGGGUAUCGAAAUUCACUGGAUAGAUGAAAAAACAAGCCAAUAUCAGCGCAAGCAUAUUCCAACGUCCCAGCCUUCAGAGGUCCUACACUUUCUCCAGACAUCAACCGAAACACCGAAGGAAAUGCGUCUUAUUUCUUCUCUAUCUGGAUCAGACACCCACGAGUGCGCAUGUCGCCAGUCACCAUUCCCCGAUCACUCCAAGAUAUGCCAGUUCCAUAAAAUCAAAGGCAUUCAUGCGCACAGUGGAAGAGGCAUGCAGAAUACAUCCUCGCUCAGUCUGCUCCGCGCAACCCACUGCAACUACCAUCGUGCUGUUCCUAUAAGCGAUGGUCACCACAUCAUUUUCAUCGAGCCUCGCACAAAGCUGCUCUGUAUAGGAUCUGAUGCUCCCACCGGUGGGCCGACGAGUCUCACUCGCGCGUUUGUCUGUAUACCGCCCUCUGGCAAGGGCCGUUCUGACCGAACCAAAGAGGCCUGUCCCCCAACUAUUUUCGCUGUGGGGUCUGACCUACGCUGGGGUCUUAGAGUAGUCGCUGCCUAUAAUGGCAGUAUAGUUCUCUACUCCAUCCCAGUAGACGUGUUCAACAUCAUCCGCAAGGAACGCGAACGUCAAAGUGACGGCGUGAUGGGUUCGAGUGACUUAGCGCGUGACUGGUUCGCCAACUCCGAACGCUUCAACAAACAACACGAGAGCCUAGUCCAAAACCAGAAUGGCGACUGGGAGUUCCUACUAAGUGUGAGUUACAGGCCAAUGUCAUUAAUGUGGCCAUUCAAGAUAUACGGCAAGGAAAUAGGCCGGGUUGAUAAUCUCGUCGAGCUUUCCCUCCAGUCCUCCAAUGGCGGUGCUCGUAUCUGGGCAUUUAAUUCCUCAGGCGAAGCUACCAUCUUCGACAUUGAUACAUCCACUAAACACUAUGCUGCCAAUGCUUCUUGCAAGUCUGUCACUGUGAGCUCAGAUGGGAACUUGGAAUCUGCGCAAUUAGUCUACCGCAAGGUCGCUUCUACGCCUCUGCAGAAAUCAUGCAAGCGUAAAGCCUCAUCACUGCGAGAUGACUUUGUUGGUCGAUAUGGUACUAGUCGCUUUGUACCCAGCACGGGACUGAAGAAUAAUGGAUGUUCUCCCUCUGCUAUUUUGUCUCAGGGAAAAUCUCCUAUCAAGCGUCCCUCCUUCGCAGCCUGUAUCGUGGAUCUCAAAUUUUCUGAAGCUGGGCUUUGA